AUGCUUUAUGCUCGAAGCCUAUGUACAAGUUUAGCCUGCGUUCUGAAAAACAUGAAUAAACGCGAAAGAAAGAAUGCUAAAAAGGCUGCAGCUAAAGUUAUAUUGACUAAGAAACGACAAGAGAGGAAACGAUUAGCGACUGACUUUGUGCAUUACGAAAAUUCUAGCAUCAGUGACUACUACAUUGAUGGGAUAUUUAGAAAGGUUUUCCCCUAUCAUUUCGUCUUCAAAGCUUAUGCGAAGGACAGGUGGAUUAAUCGUAAGCUCCGUGAUGUCCUGCAGUCUGAAUUUAAUAAUAAUUCUGAUGAAGUAAUCGCACAGAAAUGUGAAUCAGGUGAAAUCCUGGUAAAUAAUGCAAAAGUUGACCCUGACUAUGUUAUAAGUGACAGUGAUCUCCUUUCUCAAAAGGUUCAUCGCCAUGAGUGUCCUGUAUUAAAUCUUCCCAUCGAGUUUGUACACGAUUCAGACGAUAUUCUAGUGGUCAAUAAACCUCCCUCAAUACCUAUUCAUCCUUGUGGCCAGUACACACUUAACAGCAUCACACACGUUUUGGCCAAGGAUUAUGGUCUUCGUCCUCUACGAUUUACCCACCGCCUUGAUAGAAUGACUUCUGGAUUACUUUUAAUCGCCAAGAACUACGACACAUCUGUACGUUUGCAAUCACAAAUUAGUAGUAAGGAGGUUGCAAAAUAUUAUAUAUGUCAUGUCGAAGGCUGUUUCCCAACCGAACCAAUCAAUCAAUGUACUGGCUUUGAGAUAAACAAUGGAGUAGUGGUUUGUAGCCAACCUGUCGGGCCUAUCAGUCGUAGAAUGGGUGUACAUGGCGUUGUACCAGAAUCAGCUGGUGGGAAGUUCGCUCGGACACAUUUCUUACGCUUAAACUACAAUCCUGUCACGAAUACAAGUCUAGUAAUAUGUCGUCUAUUCACUGGGCGUACACAUCAAAUCCGAGUACAUGUGCAGUACUUAGGUUAUCCGAUUGUUGAUGAUCCCCUAUACAAUUCAGCUGAUUGGGGUGAAUUAAAAGGGAAAGGUGCUAAUUAUGGAAUGACUCUGGAAGAAGUUGUCCAAAGAUUGAGUGAUUCUCGUAACAGGGGAAAGUACAGAAUCCAAGAGACCGAUGAAAAGUUGGAAAGUUCUCUUGAUCCAAAUGUAUUAGAGCGUCUGCAAUUGUGUAAAGAUCCCUUAUGCCCUGAUUGCAAGCUUACUUUCAAGGAUCCAGAAAUGAAUAACUUAAUACUACGACUGCACGCUUAUCGUUAUAGUGGAUCUGAUUGGUGCUAUUCUGCACCUUUACCCAGUUGGGUUAUAAAUGAGAAUGUACCAGACUUGCAUGGUGCAAUAGAAGAGGCAAUGAAACAGUUAUAAAUAUUUAUGAACAAAUACAAUUUAUCAUUAUAAUGAAUACGUUAACAUUGAAAGAGUAUGCUCAUCAUAAUGUAAUCCGCAUUGCUUUCUUUAUUAUCUAUUUUUCUUUUAUCUUUUAAUUUGUUUAGUUGACAUUUAUUCUUUCAUUUAUAAAUUAAUUAACACAUAAAUAUAUGACCAGACUGUUUGAAAUAUACUACUCUGAUAUA